CAAAUGCACCGUAAGUCACUGACUGAAAGUAGAUUUUAGAGUGUAAAUGUUAAAAAGUUGUACUAAUGGGUCUUUUGUAUGCAAAAACAAAAAGCGAGACUCCCAGUGACCUUGUUGAUUUCACCUCUUCAUCAACUCCUCCCAAGGAUCAGAAUGCAGUUGUUGGUAAAAAUGGGAAAACAUUAAGCAGUUCCAGUGAGAAGAUAUCAUCCCAAUCAGAAAUUUCAAGGUUUGAAUCAGAAUUUGACUGCAAAGCUGCAAACCUCCUCGGCAAAGGAGCCUUUGGUGUAGUUUUCAAGGCAAAACAUAAACUGACAAAGAUGGAUUAUGCUGUGAAGAUUGUCCGCUUUAAAGAUGUGGAAAGAGCUCUACGAGAGGUGAUGGCAUUGUCAAUCCUCCAUCACAGUAACAUUGUUCGUUACUAUACAUGUUGGUUGGAGGAUUCAGGAUACCAAGGGGACAAUGCCGAUGACAGUGGCAGCUCUUCAGAGUCUUCCAUGGAUUAUUCAUUCAGGUACCUUUAUAUUAAGAUGGAGUUGUGUGACACCAAAACACUUAGAAUAUGGAUAGACGAGAGGAAUACUCAGAAUGUGAAGAAAUCUCUGCAAGCCUCCAAGAGAAGAGAAAGGUUUAUUCAGGUGUUCUUGCAACUGGCCAGUGGAGUAGAGUACAUUCAUUCCAAGAUGCUCAUCCACAGAGACCUGAAGCCCGCCAACAUCAUGUUUGGGCAAGAUGGAGAAGUGAAGAUCGGAGACUUUGGUCUGGUCGCUGAUGAGAACGAUUACGAUGCUGAGAACCUGUUGGAGAGAACUGUGUACAAAGGGACCCCGUCUUACAUGGCUCCUGAGCAGAUGAGCCAGAGAACUUAUGACCGAAAAGUUGACAUGUUUGCUCUGGGGUUGAUGUGCUUCGAAGUCCUUUGGAAAAUUCCCACUGGUCAUGAAAGGGCACUGGUUUGGCCUGAUAUCAGAAAACAGAAAUUUCCCCAACGGUUUCAUCACAUUUUUCCCAGUGAGCAUUUAAUAAUAAGGCCAAUGCUGUGUGUGAAGCCAGAAGAGCGACCUGAAGCAAGUCAGCUUAAGACAGACUUGGAAAGACUCAACGCUGAAGAAAUCAUGCGUCGUGGCAACAGGAGUAUGUGAUCACCAGAAGGAGAAAAGAUAAUGGCCAUCUGUUUCUAAAUCUUAAGCCAUACAUGUUAAAAAAGAUGGAUCUGUUUUAAUAUCUGAAAAGGAUCUCCAGUGUUUUGUUAAAUAUUCAUCAAGCUGAGUUGUAAAGCAAUUUGCUGACUUUGAAAGUCUUGUAGUGGGAACCCAGCUUUAAAUCCAGGAUUUUGAAUUGUGAAUUUUUACAAUUUUAAGAUUACACCUGGAAGUGGUUUUAGAAAUAAAGGAUGAGCAAAAAAA